GGGGCUGCGGGGGGCUCGCCCUACUCCCGCCGAGCGCAGCCGCCGCGGCGGGGUCCCUCGGCCCGACGUGCCGCACCAUGGGCAGCCAGGGCUCCAAGGCGGCCAAGGCGGACGGGAACGCCGCCGACACCGAGCCCGCCAAGGCCAACGGGCAGGAGAAUGGCCAUCUGAGGCUCAAUGGGGACAUGACACCCAAGGUGGGGGGCCAGGCUGUACCCCUGAACGGGAACGGCUCAGCUGAACCCCUCAAAGAGGAGAACAAGGAGGAGCAGGACGGUGGAGACACCAUCGAGCCUGCCCCCCCUGCCGAAGGGGGGGAGGCUAAACCUGAAGGUGCUGCAGCCCCCAAGGACACCCCCAAGAAGAAGAAGAAGUUCUCCUUCAAGAAAUCCUUCAAGCUGAGUGGGAUCUCCUUCAGGAAGAACAAGAAAGAGGCUGGGGACUCCUGUGGGUCCUCUCCCACGGAGGACCAAGGCAAGGCAGAGGCCAAGGGCGAGGAGAACCCCGCUUGCUCGGGUGGGGGGACGGAGCCAUCGGCUCCCCCCGAGGAGGGGGCGGCGGAGGAGCCCGGCAAGCCCGAGGAGAGCCCUGCCGAGGGGCAGCAGGGAGCUGAGCCCAAGAGGGAGGCUGCAGAGGCAGGGGGAAGCCAGGAGGAGGAGAAGCAGCAGGCAGGGGAGAGCCACGGGGACACAGCCAAACCGGAGGAGCCCUGCAAACCCGCGGAGCCUGAGCCUCCAGCAGCUCCAGCGGAGCAGAAGGAAGAGUAGAGCCCACCUGGCACUGGCCUGACUUAAGACUCUUGACUCCGUCCCCUCCAUCCUGGUAACACCACGGACUCCACACCCCCUGCCCCGCCUAGGACUGACACCACUUUCU